GUCACGGGCGUCUCCGCCCACUCGCUUUGUUUCUCGCUGUUGGUAGAGACAGUAUAUGUGUAUGAACGUUCGCGUUAAGCUAUGUUUUUUUGUGUAACACGUUUUGUUUCAUGACCGAUCCGUGCCAUAUGAUCUCAACCAAGACCGAGAACUACAUUUAAUUUGAAUUACUCUUCGGGUUUUAUUCGCCGCUGGCUGGCCGUAUAUGAACAUGGAUCAGGCGGCGAGCCGCUACCGAAUGCUGCACAAUGAGGACGAUCCCUCUGAAGGGUCCGCCAGCGCCGAGCCGUCCACCUCCUCCCAGGCUCCCGAGGAAGGCGUUAGUAACCCGGAAGCCCCGCCUCCACCUUACGCCAGCGUGGCCCUGGGAGCAACAGCCGCACCAGAAAGCGUGUUUUCAGGGGACUUUCCCGUGCCUCCACCUUACAGCGUCGCCACGUCGCUGCCCACGUAUGACGAGGCGGAGAAAGCUAAGGCGGCGGCCAUGGCUGCAUCAGCCGUUGAGGUCAUUCCACGAGAUGAGGAUUUUCCGGUUCGGGAUGACUUCAGUGAUGCUGACCAGCUGAGGGUCGGGAAUGAUGGCAUCUUUAUGCUGGCCUUCUUUAUGGCGUUCCUCUUCAACUGGAUCGGGUUUUGCUUGUCGUUCUGUUUGACCAACACCAUCGCGGGCCGAUACGGUGCUAUCUGUGGCUUUGGUCUCUCGCUGAUCAAAUGGAUUCUUAUUGUUCGGUUCUCAGAUUAUUUCACUGGAUACUUCAAUGGGCAGUACUGGCUCUGGUGGAUCUUCCUUGUUUUGGGUCUGCUGCUGUUCUUCAGAGGGUUCGUCAACUACCUGAAGGUGCGUAACAUGUCGGAAAACACGGUGUCUUCACUUCGAACCCGCUUCUUCCUCCUGUACUAGAGUUUGCAGAACGAAGGCCAAACUUCAGAAAAAACAAGCUUGACUCUCAUUCACUCUCUUCUUCAGGGUCGCCUCGCCAAACAUUCCUCCCUAAUGUGAAAUUCCUUGAUGAUUUGCAACCCGUGAAAUGAACUGGACCGGAUCCCACGGAGGAAAAAGGGAAGAGAGGGGGAAAACACCAGUUUCUCUGCCAAACCCUCUGAACUGAACUUGGUUAAAGGUUUUACUGCACUUUUGAAGGAGCGCAGAACCACGACAUUCACAUGAAUGUUUUCACUUAAUAACUUCCCCUUUUGCUUCAGCUCAUGUGCUUCAAUUCUGGUUUAUAACUACUUUUGGAAAACACAAAGUCCCUCAUCGGUUACGACACGCGCACACACACACAGCACGCGCGCACACACACACACACACACACACACACACACACACACACACACACACACACACACACACACACACACACACACACACACACGCACACGCACACACACACACGCACACACUGCAUGCGCAUUUGGUUUAUGAUAAUAUGCAGCCAAGAUGUCCUAUGCAAUGUGGUUUACCAAACUUUUCGAAGGAUGAAACUAGACUAGACUUUCAGCUUUGUUGCAUCCAGGUCCUUGGCCGAUUUGAUUGCAUCACAGUAUUAAUAAACCGAUCUUGAUCGAUAGAUAGAUGUUGACUUAUAAACCUAAUGAAACAGUCAAGCUAAAAUGUGUAAGAUACGAUUGCACAUGUUCUUCUUCUUCUGAGUUGUGUUUGGCUUAACUUUAUAGUAAGUGAUCAUGUAACAUCAUUGAUGUCUUUCAAACUGGAAAAUGAAUUUGUACUUAUCCUAAAGUAUGUAUUUGCCUUUUGCACCUUCUGGAUUGUUCUGUUUUUUUAUGAUUAUUGGUUGUUUUAAGUUGCGGCUUGCUCAAGCCGUGACCUGCCUAGAUGACUUCUUUAGUUUCUGGAAUGCCUGAACACUAUUGUCAUUUGUUUCUGUUCAUCACAAGCUUCUUUAGCAAUAUCGCAGACUGAAGAAAUGCAUGGUUAACCCGGUGACAGCCACGGUUUCCAAACUAAUUCACCUGAGUAAAGAGAAGCAAGCUUACAUUGGUAAAUGUAUGUAUAACAAGCAAACUAUUUUUGUUGGAAAAAAAAUAUUUGGGGUAUUCUCUGAUUGGCAGAGAUUGAUUGAUUGAUUGUGUGAUGUUUAUUCUCUUGUCUCGCCAAAUGCCAAUAAAAUUUGGAAUCCUG